CUUGGAAAACUCUGUAACCUGCAGUCUUAUCAACCUGGCUAUACUGCUCCACCACCGCCUUCUCCUUCUGAAGAUAUUGCCAUCGACAUCAGUGGGGGCUGGACAGUGGCUGGUACUCAGCUUGACUUGCAUGAUCCGCGGCUUCUUGCGAUGGCAGCUGCAGAGCGCCAUCUCUUGGAGGCUGACUAUGACGAGUAUGCUGAUUCAAGUGCUAGUGGAGCUGCAUUUUGUCGUUCUGCUGCUUUAAUUUUAAUGGCCCUUCUAUUAUUGAGGCAUGCUGUGACCAUCGGAAAUGAUGAUGGAGAUGACGGUGAUGUCUCCACCUUUUUCUCUCUUUUCUUGCUCCGUGCUGCUGGUUUUCUUCUACCUUGCUACAUCAUGGCUUGGGCUAUCAGUAUCAUGCAGCGUCGAAGGCAAAGACAGGAGGCAACAGCACUUGCGGCAACAGAAGUUGCUUUCAUGCUGCAGGCAGGGCAACAUAGGGGCUUGCAUGUAACAAUAGCACCAGGACCUGCACAGUUAGCUGAACCUUCAGCAACACCAGCACACCCAACUACUCAUGUUGCAACACCAACCGCCCAGGCGACAUCCCCUCCUCCAGAGAUGGUAUAAAUGGCUUUGCUCAGUUUGCUUGUUAUAAAAUAGUUGCCGAUAGGGGCAUUUUACUGUUGGUAAGUUGCACAAGAUGGGGAUGAGUAGAAGGGUAGAGGAGUAUUCUUUUCCCUUUUUGCUUUUUCGAUUUAUUAGCUGUAUCUUUGCAUUGCCAAAUUUGGAGUGCAGAGGCUGAAACUUUUUCCAUUUGUUCAAUUUUUCAUUAAUGCUUGAACAUGUAAAAAUAUAAUAGCGAACUUAGCUGCUUUCAAUGUGGAGAUACCAUAUCUUCACAUCGUGUACAUUGUUUAUAUAUUACCAUUAUGGUUUACUCUUCCUCCCGCUUAA